CCCCUUUCACUUCAGUUUGAAAUUUAUCUGAAUUGGGUGUGUUGGAUACGAAAAAUUUCUGUCAUGGCCAAACUCUCUUUCCUGACUAACUUUACACUAUUUCUACAUUCUGUAUUUGGUGCCACUGUAAAAGAACAUUUUUCUGAGGAUUUCUCCCCGCACGUUUCACUGUUGUCGUCUGCUAAGCCCUUUCCUUUGGAUGAACACUUGGAUGGAACCGCACAAUUGUCGAGCACUUCCACCAAAUUUAUUUCCACUUUUUACCAGAAUUUGCUGGAUGGACAUUCGCUGUCACAGGCUGCCCAGACGAGAAACAACUUAGGAGACGUCAACACCAUACGAGCUAUUGCACCCACAGGUGAUUUAAGGACUGCCGUUUUUAAGAUUCCAGCGCUUCAGCCAGAGGAAGAUAUCCACCACAUCGAACUUCGCUUUAAUUCCAAUACAGCUCGCGGGAGAUGGUUACAAAUAGAGAUCAAGCGAAGUAACAAAACUAUUCGAACACAUACAUUCCGUGUUUCAAAUAACAGCGACAUCACCGCGGUCAUACAACCCUGGGUGUCUAAAAACGAGGACAAAUUGCAUGUUGAGGUCAAACAAACUUCAACUCCGAAAGAAAAUGGUAUAUUAUUGAUAUUCUCAAACGACAAAUCACAUCUUAACAAACUUUCGGCCAUCAGUAAUGUAUCCUCAGAAGUAGAGAAUGAACUUCAUUCACGGAGCAGACGAUCAACCCGACGACGCAGAAAAGAUUGUCACUUGUCCAAUAUGCAUAUCAAUUUCAGUCAUCUUGGGUGGGGAAAGUAUAUAAUUUUCCCAAAUGCUUUCAACGCCAGGGUGUGUAAGGGUAUCUGUGCCGCGAGAGUAGCGGAAGUGAAGGCAGUGACGAACCACGCCAUGAUGCAAAGCCUCCUGCGGCAGUAUAGAAAGGGGAAAAUUCCCCUGCCCUGUUGUGUGCCGAAGGUUCUAACCCCCCUAAGUAUGCUUUAUGCAGAAGACGGUAAAAUCAUCGUGAAACAUCACAAAAAUAUGGUAGCGAAAGAGUGUGGAUGUGAGUAAAAGAUAAAAAGUUGACCGUUUUGCAUCCACCAGCUUACAGUAUCAAUCAGCAUCGCGCCCGUGUAUUUGCAUAAUGACUUUACUUUCUCGCAGGGGAAUCAGGCUAUAAUAGA